GCCCUCCGCCAACCAUCACCAUCAGAGUGAGAUGGAGCAUCCUCUCACCGAGGCCCAGGCCUUUGGUCUCCUGACGGCGUACACCUUUGUCUACGUCCUCCCGCUGUACGCCUCCUCCAAGACGAGGGCCUCGCCGGACCGCUCGCGAGACGCCCCCGAGGCCAUCCGCGCCCGGAUCUGGACCGUUUCACUUUCCACUACUGCAUGCUCGCUCGCCACCUUUUUUAUCCUGCGCCAUGUCUGUUCGGGCACGGCCUGCAGCGCGCUGCGCCUGAUGGGCUAUUGGCCGCUGGGCGUGACGGAGACGCUCAAGACGUGCUUGCUGACGGGCGCGCUGUUUGCUGCGCCGCUGUACGAGUGCCUGGUUGUCGAUGGGGUUUGGAGGGAGUGGGUGGAUGGGCUGGAGCCUCUGAGGCAUGUCUGGGCUGAGUGGCCCGCUUGGCGAAACUACGUUGCUGGCCCCAUCACCGAAGAGUGUCUCUUCCGAGCUGCCGCCGUCCCGCUGCUGCUCAAGGCCGGCUCCAGCCUCGGCAGAGUCAUCUUCCUGUCCCCCGUCGUCUUCGGCCUCGCCCACGUCCACCACUUUUACGAGUUCCGCGUCACGCACCCGGAAACGCCCCUCGUGGCCGCCAUUGCCCGCUCCGUCCUCCAGUUUGCGUACACGUCCCUCUUUGGCGCCCUGGCGAAUUUCCUGUUUCUGCGGACGGGCUCGCUGCUGGCUGUUGUGCUUGUCCAUGCGUUUUGCAACUCCAUGGGAUUGCCUCGCGUCUGGGGCAGUGUUGAGCCGUAUUGGCUGUCGCAGGCGGAUGCUUCCAAGUCGCGGCAGGCGGUUUUGUGGUCGGGGGUUUACUAUGUGUUGCUGUUUGGUGGGGCGUAUGCUUGGUGGAGGAAUCUUUAUACGUUGACGGAGUCGCCGCUUGCUCUGGCGGUGUUUUAACGUAAAACACUUUUUUUGACUUUUGUUUAUAUAUAGAUAUAUAUGCCUUGGUCCAAUCUAUCUCAUGCAUGAUGAACUGGAAAUUCCAGCUUUGGAAAACAAAAAAAUAUCAACAUGACCCCCCAUGGGCAUUCCCGCUGUAACCAUCUGAUAACUCCCAGUCGAGGCCUCGUAUUAGCAUUAUCGUGAGAUUUUGAUGCUUUUCUUCCAUGUUUUGCGCAUAUCGUGCUUAUUCAGCUCGCAUAACUAAUAUAUUUUCUGCAUUGUCCAUCCCCCAAAACGAGCAUCUAGAUCCUCGCAUCCCUGCUAAGACUACGUAGUGAGCCUUCUAUAGAAUACUCAUCGUCCACCAGUGGUCGGCGGUGUCGUAGAGUACUCUGAUCCCCGACCGAAGAGUCCCGCUCCUUUCCCUUGGAGCCUGUGCUUCCUUCAGCCAUGGCAUCGUCUGGGCCUCUGGUGUUCUUUUUCCUGGGCCACAGACUGGGUAGUGCAAUCUGCUGGAAUCGAGGCUCUACGGCCCGCUCGUCAAACCACCUGUGCAGCCGUGACUCGAUGAGCUGUGCGAUUUUGGGCACGUCUUGUAGCCGUGAGCGACUUCCGAGCAGACUCCUGAUGGAAAAAUCGAGCCUGUAGUCGUCUAAAAAGUUAAAGGCCAUCAUAGUCGGCGUCGAUUGAGAAGGGUUGCUCGGAAGGAAGGAAAUAGACAAUGUUCCGCUGAAUCGCACAACAGAGACGGACAAGGCUACCGGAAGAACUGCAGACAGCUUUUUGGGGUAGUUGAGAAGAAG